UGUGCCGGGUCCUCCAGCCUCCCGAACACUGGGUGCGGCUCCCUGGUGACGGCUCUGACCCUGGAGAAGCGAAUCUGGGCGAAGGGGCGUACGGCGGCCGUGCUGCACCUGCGCCACCCACACCCGAGGUGGGGACAUCGGGGCCGGGCGCGGCCGGGGGUCAGUCUUGAAGGCGGGCCUUGCCUCUCGCGGGGCCGGACCACACGAGCUACAACCUCGGCCCGGCGGGAGGGACCACUGGAGUGGACUGGGGACUGACUGGACAGGGAUGGUCUUGGAGCUGGUGGCCAUGGAGCUGAAGGUGUGGGUGGAUGGCAUCCAGAGGGUGGUCUGUGGGGUCUCAGAACAGACCACCUGCCAAGAAGUGGUCAUCGCACUAGCCCAAGCUAUAGGCCAGACCGGCCGCUUUGUGCUUGUACAGCGUCUUAAGGAGAAGGAACGGCAGCUGCUGCCACAGGAGUGUCCAGUGGGAGCCCAGGCCACCUGCGGGCAGUUUGCCAAUGAUGUCCAGUUUGUCCUGAGGCGGACAGGGCCCAGUCUGUCUGGAAGGCCCUCCUCAGACAACUGUCCACCCCCAGAACGAUGUCCAGUUCGUGCCAGCCUUCCCCCAAAACCAUGGGCAACAACAGGCCGUGAGCCACGCAAAGUACUGACCUUCAACCUAGGAUGUCCCAAGCUGGCCCACAGCCCCUCAGUCCCUGAGCCUGCAACCCUGGCACACCUGCAGGGUCUGGAGCUCAGGGUGCAGAGGAACGCUGAGGAAUUGGGCCAUGAGGUCUUCUGGGAGCAAGAGCUGCGUCGAGAACAAGCCCGGGAACAAGAGGGGCAGGCACGCUUGCAGGCACUAAGUGCAGCCACUGCUGAGCAUGCCGCCCGGCUGCAGGCCCUGGAUGCUCAAGCUUGUGCCUUGGAGGCUGAGCUGAGGCUGGCUGCCGAGGCCCCGGGGCCCCCCUCAGCUACAGCAUCUGCUACUGAGCGCCUGCGCCAAGACCUGGCCAUUCAGGAACGGCAUAGUGUGGAGAUGCAGGGCAGCCUAGCCCUGGUGAGCCGGGCUCUCGAGGCUGCAGAGCAUGCCCUGCAGGCCCAGGCUCAGGAACUGGAAGAGCUGAACCGGGAGCUCCGUCAAUGCAACCUGCAGCAGUUCAUCCAGCAGACAGGGGCUGCAUUGCCGCCACCCCCUCGGCUAGAAAGAGCCCCCCCUGGCACACAGGACCUUCUGCCUCCAACCAGAGAAGAGCCCCUCCAAGGAGUGCCCCAGAGCUGUGCCCUUGUACCCAGCCUGAAUCCUGAGGUUCCCCCCAUGAGGCAGAGUUCCUGGAGGUAGCAGCUGACCAAGUGGGGCUCACUGAGGACAGGUGAGCCAGGACAGCAGAGAUGAGCCACCUGGACGAUGGAAGCGUCUGGACACAGGAGUCCUUCCCCACACAGGGGAAUGCUGUGGAAUCCUGGAGUUCCAGGGGGGCAGGAGUCUUAAGGGAAUGUUGCCCUAGGCUUUUCCAAGUCUGCCAAGUCCCCAGAAGAAACAACGGGCACAGUUCAGAACUCACCGGUCCCUAAAGGCCACUACUCCUUGGUGGAGGAGGGAGAAAUGUGGACAGUGCAUUCAUACUGUAGGUAUGUGCCUGCCUGGGGACAGUGUCCUCCACUCUGUGUGCUGCCUUCCUACUCUGACAGUUAAACCUCAAUAAACUACCUUUCAAAGGUG